GUGAACGCCCACCGUUGAUUAUUCUCUACUAACCACAAAGACAUUGGCACCCUUUACUUCGUCUUUGGAACAUGAGCCGGAAUAGUGGGAACAGCACUAAGCCUCCUUAUUCGAACAGAAUUAAGCCAGCCAGGGCCCCUCCUAGGAGACGACCAAAUCUACAACGUAAUUGUCACCGCCCAUGCCUUUAUUAUAAUCUUUUUCAUAGUAAUACCCAUCAUGAUCGGCGGAUUUGGAAACUGACUACUACCCCUGAUAAUCGGAGCCCCAGAUAUAGCAUUCCCCCGAAUAAACAACAUAAGCUUUUGAUUGCUCCCCCCAUCCUUCAUACUUCUACUCUCCUCCGCCUGCGUCGAGGCGGGGGCCGGAACAGGGUGAACUGUCUACCCGCCCCUCGCCGGAAAUUUAGCCCACGCCGGACCGUCCGUAGAUUUGACAAUCUUCUCUCUUCAUCUCGCCGGAGUAUCCUCUAUCCUUGGUGCUAUUAAUUUCAUUACAACAGCAAUUAACAUAAAACCCCCAGCAAUAUCCCAAUACCAAACACCCUUAUUUGUAUGGUCCGUCCUAAUUACAGCCGUGCUCCUUCUACUAUCCCUACCAGUACUAGCUGCUGGAAUCACCAUACUCCUUACAGAUCGCAACUUAAAUACAACCUUCUUCGACCCCGCGGGCGGAGGAGACCCCAUCCUAUACCAACACCUUUUCUGAUUCUUUGGCCACCCCGAAGUAUACAUCCUCAUCCUCCCUGGAUUCGGAAUAAUUUCCCACGUGGUCGCCUUUUACUCAGGCAAAAAGGAACCAUUCGGCUAUAUAGGAAUGGCAUGAGCCAUACUCUCUAUCGGAUUCCUAGGAUUCAUUGUCUGGGCCCACCACAUAUUUACAGUCGGAAUAGACGUCGACACCCGAGCAUACUUCACCACCGCCACAAUAGUUAUCGCUAUCCCCACCGGAGUAAAAGUAUUUAGCUGACUUGCCACCAUCUACGGCGGCAUUGUCAACUGACAAGCCCCGAUACUCUGAGCACUUGGUUUCAUCUUCUUGUUCACAGUAGGGGGCCUCACUGGCAUCGUCCUAGCUAACUCCUCACUAGAUAUUGUUCUCCAUGACACCUAUUAUGUAGUCGCCCACUUCCACUACGUACUGUCAAUGGGGGCAGUCUUCGCCAUUAUAAGUGGAUUCACCCACUUGAUUCCCUCUUAUUUACGGGAUUUACCCUUCACCCAACAUGAACUAAAAAUCCAAUUUAUAAUUAUAUUUGUGGGGGUAAAUUUUACCUUCUUCCCACAACACUUCCUAGGCCUCUCCGGGAUACCCCGACGCUAUUCGGACUACCCAGACGCAUACACCCUCUGAAACCUAUUAUCAUCUAUUGGGUCCCUAAUCUCAAUAACCGCAGUCGUCCUGCUCAUAUUUAUUGUAUGAGAAGCAUUCUCAUCCAAACGAAAAGUAACAGCACUCGAAAUGACAACGACCAACAUCGAAUGGCUCAACAACUGCCCCCCAUCCCAUCACACCUAUGAAGAGCCCGUAUUUGCCCUAGUGCAAACCUCCUUUAAAACAUACCACCCAGCCUCAAGA